AUGGAAAGAUAUGAACUGGUCUCCGACCAGGGUAGGAAUUCGCUGGGACCCUCCCAAAAUGUUGUCAAUGACACGCAUACGACAUGGUCCCGCGGCCCAACCAGGUUACGAAGAUACCAUGUAUCCAUAUUACUUUUGGAUCUUCUGUGUGUCGCGGCAGCAAUUCCAUUCUAUAUUCUCAUCGGCAUCUGCGUGAGUCGUAACGGGGAUAUGGUUGACGACAGUGACCUUAAUCGGAUGCAGGAAGGAUUGUAUGUUUCCGCGACCCUCUUUCCCUUGGUAUUCACCGCUGUGGCCGGACGCUUGAGAAGAAGACUGGGAGAAUGGAGGCUGGAACGAGGCGGUUCGAUUCUCGUAUUAGAGCAGAUUAAUCGCAGCUCCACAUUUAUGAACUCGGUAUUGACCCAAAUAACACUCCGUAAAGUCAAUAUUCUUGGUAUUAUCCUCCUCACUACGUGGGCCUUCUCGCCAGUUGGUGGACAAUCACCGCUGCAUGUUCUUUCAACAACGAAUACAGUCAACUCGGCUACUCAAACUCUUCAGUACGCCAAUUUGAGCACACCAUCUUUGCUUGACGGGGCGGACGACGAUGGGUCAUUCGGUGGAUUUGUUAACACUCUCUAUGCAACCAGUCUACUCUCCGGGUCUAAGAGCAUUAUGAACUCCUCAAUGGAUCCUUUCAACAACUUGAAGGUUCCAUUUCUGAGGCAUUUGAAGAAUCGGACAGAUCCCCCCGCAUGGACGCCUGUUCCUACAGGGAGUUUACUCUAUUCUUCCCUCACGGGAGUACCUAUCACUGGACUGGAUAAACCCGGAAACACUAGUUUCGUGAUGAACUCAUCCUAUUAUGAUCUCUUCUUCAGCAGCAAAUCUAAAACAGACCUGAAUCUAAAUGGCUCUGGUAUCUAUAUCGCUUUUAUACCCCAGGGAAAUUCCACAAAUCAAAUCUACCCCACUUGGAAGGUGGUUCUCAGCCCUGCUGGUGGAUCGGCUCAAGUCUCUUUCGCUUGGACGCAAAUUUACGUGGAGUCCCAAGUGAUGUGCACGGUUCUUACAACAUCGGGAGACCAGCCCGCGUGUGCUGUGCAAGCCAUGCGUCAAAUUAAUACAAGUAAUCCACCAUUUGAAAUGAACAGUCGUACUCUAGAGUUACAAAUUGGAGGACAAUGGAAUUCGUUGCUAGCCUUUCAAAACUUUUCGCUGUCUGAGGCAUACCUUCGCUAUCCUCAAACACCUUUAGAAGCCAAUCUCUCUGAUCCCUCAACAGCAUCUCCCUCAGUUGACGAAUUAGAGAUCGGGCUAGCCCAAUUGCUCAAUACAUACUUGUAUGGCAGCGUCGAUCCUAUGGGCCUUCUAGGCGGGACGCCAACUACUCCUAUCAAUACCACUGGCACUCGAGUUUAUGUCGAUAAGCAAAUCUACGUGGUCAAUUUUGCUUGGUUGAAUGUCUUUGCGGUGGCUACUACAGUGCUCGCUCUUUGUGGACUGAUUACGAUCGUGUUGAACUUGGUCAGCCUAAACCCUGAGGUACUAGAAGAUGUCGGCUCGUUGCUCUAUUCACCAUAUCUAGGUUUACCAGCCAUAAGCAAUACGAUUGGUGGCCAGGAGAAAACAAGGCUACUCCAAGAUAUAAGAAUCCGUUUAGGCGAUGUGCAGGAGCAUGAGCCUUUAGGUCAACUAGCGAUUGGAACCCUACGGACUACACGGAGGGUGAAUCCUGGGAGAUGCUUUGAGUGA